CUUUAAGGAACAAAUGUCACAGGAUUUGGAAAUAGCUUGAUGUACAAGUUAAACCAUAGUAUAAUACUGAAUCGGUCUUUUUCAUCAUGUACAGUAUAUUCCUAAUGUUCUGUGAGCUGUCGGAUAUUUGUUGGAGAUAUGAAAUUAAGGAUUAGACAAUUUUCCAGAGUCGAAAGUCUUGACAGCAUUUUGUUUCAAAUUAGAAAAUGAGCAGCACAAGUGACAAUGUCAUGGAAAGCUGUUCUCUGUUUGACCAUGUAUUGGCUGAUACAGCACUGGAAAAGCAGGUGUGUAUGAUGCCAGAUACACCCACCAUACACAAGACCUGGGAUACAACUCCCAGGUCUUGCGUAUCACAACACACUGAUGAGAAAAGGUGUGACAGGCACCAGGGAAAUGACAAUGAACCAUCUCAAAUGCCUUUGAUUGAUCGUGAUGUUACAUCCGGUUCAGACUCGUCUGAAUGUGUUGGGGCUCAAGAUAAUACCUAUCACACAUCCUCUGAUACUUCAACUUUUGAAGUUAAUAGAAUGAAUAAAAAUAUGUAUCCAAACAUAGUUUAUAUAGACUGGGACAACAAUUUUGAUGAACGUGAAGUGAAUGAAAAGGAUGACUCGACCUUAAAUGGCACAUCAUCAGGCAACGACUAUAUUUCUUGCCAUUCAGCAAAUGAAGAUACUAUAGAUGGUUUGAUAUUGGGUGUCAAGGAAAUAAUGUCUCGACAACGCACUGUAUCGAUUGCUUCCCUGGAUUACUAUCGUUCACCAGAUACAAAUUUGCAAAUAACAGCAAGAGAAGAGCUGCAGAGCCAAGGACAGGAUUCCUCAGUUAACAGAAGGCAAAUGCAGCAGUCACGAAGACUCCCUUUCUGGCUCUGGUUCAUUAUUGCCCAAAGUCUGGGCAUCAAACUUCAUGCUGAAGAUAAGCCAGUUAUUGCUACCAUUCUGUACACUCUCACAUUUAUGAGUGCAUUAGGCUAUUUCCUAAGUGACUGGUGGUUUACUGCCUACGAUAUCGUGAGUGAUUACACGAAGACGACGGUAGUCGAUGGAGCUAUCACAAUUUUUUUUACAUUGUUAUGGGGAGCGUUGGCUGUAUAUGCAAACAAUUUGGCUUACAGAUUGUUCAGUCACAGAAAAUUCUUAGACAUGUUACGACUUCACUCCAAAACAAUUUUGAAGAUGAAUGCCUCAGUUGUAUUAUUUACACUCAUGCUCCUUCUUGCCAUCUGUAAUGAUCUCAAUGCAUAUCCAAACUUCAAAGACGAAACCUGCCAUAGAGUGGGCCUUGAGGUGUUGGUCUGCAAAAUGAGGUAUAUCUUCCGAGUAUUAUUAUCAGUGUUUGCUGUCUUAUGGAACUACCUGGUGGCUUUCGUCGUAGUCUCCACGUGUCGCACUCAUGUUAUAGGAAUUCGGAGGUUUAUGCAAGCGCUGGAACAGGAUGCUCGUGUUUAUGAAUCUAGAUAUAUGGGCUUGACACAUGGAAAUGUGGACAGACCUGUGCUGGAAGAAUAUAGCUGGGUCGAUGAAGAUUACAUGGAUGAGCUGCGUGAUCCAGGAGGCAGCGACAUGGAUUCCAAUUCUGCUGUUCUUAUUCCUCAGCAGAGGAGUCGAGACACUAGUAACCAGAGUGAACGUCCAACCACAUCGAGUGAGUUACCAUCAGCUAGGGUACCACCAUCUCCCUCUCUACAAGAAAGUUUAAUUUCUUCACCGAGUCUUCACUCUCUCCGGGGUUCGAAUCCAGUGCCCACAGAAACCGUUCGUACCAGUAAGGCUGGAUCAGUGAGCAGCCAAGCUUCCGUCUCUGAUGUAAGAGUUAGACCACCACCACUAAUGAGCAACUCAGAAAUUCUUUUUAGAUACUGGAAGAUCCAAGCACGUCUAAGGCUAUCAUCUGUAGCUCUACAAAGAUGGAUGAUGUCAGUGAUCUGUUUGGUAGUAAUGUGGUUGGCAAUGAACCUUGUACUGUGGUUGAAUUAUAAUCCUGCUCUCAUUGAUCUUGCCAACUUCUUCCUGCCCUUGUCCCUGCUUCCAUUGUUGUCAUCUGCAUAUGCCGAGGUCAAUCAGGAGGGCAUUCGACUUUUAAAGUUUAUAUGCCCACUGGAGGAGAGACUGCAAAUGUUGUAUGUGCUACAGAAUGCACCACUGGAGAUGACAGUGUAUGGCUUCUCUCUGUCUUACUCAACGAUCACCACUGCAGCAUUUGGUAUCCUCCUUGCAUUUGCCUCCAAGGUCCUGAUUCAGGAAUUAUCUGGACCAGUUAAUCUGAAGACAGGUUGAAGGGUGAAUAUCUCUCUAUCUCUGAUACUUUAUGAAAACUUAACCAUUCUGAAAUCUCAGUUAUAUGAAUGAAUCACAAAUUGAUCUCUCAUUUUCUAAUUAUAAGAAUGAUUAUUGUGAUUUACUGCAUAUAUCUCUCAUUGAGCCUGUUAAGGAGUUAUUUUUACUUAUUUUAGAUUCUAGAGAAAAAUUAUAAUUGUUUUAGACAGUUUUGUUUAAUAUAAAUUUUAACCAAAGUUUUAUCUAUAUAAAUUUAAUAUAACCUUUUCCAAAUGAAUGGAUUUGUAUUUCUAUAAGGCCUAUACAGCGAGAUCUCAAUUUAAUGAAUUCCUGAACGUGUUCAGCGGAACAAACAAACAUUGCCUUCAGUGAGGGUUGCUUACCACAGCUGCCACUGAACCUAGACAUUGCUGUGUUAGCAUCCAAUUAAUCUUAUUGUACAGUGCUUAAAAUCUUUUAAGCAAGACAUGUUUUAAAAAUUAUAUUAUCCAAUAAUAAUGAAAUAUACUCAAAAUGGCCAAAAUUUAAUCUAUUAUGGCACCAUGAGUUAUUGAGGACCAUUUGUCUAAAUGUUAAUUUUUACACAUUUGAUUAAUAACCUUUAGUAUUUUUAAGUUAUCACAUUAUCUGCACUGUAAUUUCCUAUUUUAUUAGCAAAAUAUCUUACAGUAGCAACCAAGGUGGUAAGUAAAAGUGGAUAUAUCCAUUAGGCAGAACAUUUCUAUGACAAGUAAUUGUUAGACUCUACUGCCAUAAUGUGAUAGUUGCUGUGUGGCGGGAGGUGAGGUAGCCACGACUGUCUCACGGGGUGCAAAGACAUGCUACAAAAUGUCUUCUGGAACUUAAGAAUACAAAUUAUGAGAAGAGGAGGAGACAUUAAACCUAUCAAGACUGGAAGAAGGGGGCAGAUAUGAUCACUAUGUACAAAAUAAUAACGAAUUGACAAAACGGACAGGAAUUUUUAAAAUCUGAAACUUUCAUAAACAAGAUGCCAUAGAUUCAAGGUAAGGAAACAGAAGUGCAGAAACAUACCAAAAUUCUCUUUUACAAAGUGUCAGAUGGAUUGAACUAUUAUUAAUGAACUAUAACCCAGUCAUUCAAGUGGUUGGAUGCCAUUCCUUCACCCCAUCCUGUCCUAACAUCCUGCCCUCGUAUCCCAUCCAAGUGCUAUAUAGUCAUAAUGGCCGAGUGCUUUCUCCCGAUAAUUACCUUACCUUUGUCCCUGUCCUUUUCACCCACCUCUACUUUCAUGCCUCUCCUCUAUGCUGAAUCUAUUGACAAGACCAACAUGGCCCAUUGGCACACGAGGCAAGCAGAAUGAAAUAUCUCCAUCACUUUCCAAAGGAGUGUGAGCAUCUUGGGAUUGCCCAGAGAGCUCCACAAGGACCCAAACCUAGAUGAUCAUUGGUAAGUGCAAAUGUGCCUUAUAGUCUUCCACGAUAAGAGCCUCAGAAAGCACAGGCAAGGCAAGUGGCAGCUCAUGAAACUAUCACUGCACUCACAGGGAAAGGAAGAGGAGGCACAGACAUAGUUCAGGUGGAGGGUGGAGAUGACACACACGCCUCUAAUUCCAGGUCCCUAAACACCAUAGAAUCCGACUGCAGGGCAUCCAACUGAUUGCAAUAUCACAAACGAUAAACCUAAUUCUUAAAGCAGCAUUUGCCUGAAAAGCUUCUUCAUUAGAGGCUGAAUUAGUCAGUGCAGAAACCCGCCAGGAAUAAACCACACAAGACAAAGGGUUGAAAGAGUCACUGACCCCGGGCAGCAUGACAGAGGCAGAAAUAAUAAUCGUCGUCUGAUAGCAAAGACAGUGAACAUCAUUCAAACUUGCACAUCAUAAGUGCAAGCUCUGCGGGCUGAUCCAACCAUGCCACAGACCUGCGAGGGAAUUACCAAGGCAUCAGUCUUCUGGCAAGCAGCCUCAAUGCCAGGAUAUCAGGAUGUCCAGGCAUCGAGGCUGCUUGCCAGAAAACUGACACCAAGAACAGUCAAGACAACCAGGCUAUGACUGGUGCCUGCGGCAUGUCAUAUAAACAAACACACACGAGCUCUAGCAUAACCAACAGAAUGUUUGGGCCCUAGACUGGGGCAGAGUCAAAGACUUGUGAAUAGCCCUAAACAAGACUUGGUAUCAUGGUGAGGGGAGUUAAGACAGCUGCUAUGGGCUGCUUCCUGGGGGUGUGUAACAAAAAGUGGCCGUAACAAAAGUCCCCACGGCCCUGGUCGAGAACUGGGACGCUAAGCCCCGAAAUCAUCUCAAGAUAACCACAAGAUAACCAUCCCUCCAGUUGUCUAUAAAACUUCUGAUUUUCUGGAUGCUUUUCUGGUGUGUUGGCAAAUUGUUACUCUCACUCUCUGCACCCAUGUGAGGGAACCACAUUUUGUCUCUGGUAGACCAAACUGAACUUCCAGGUCUGAUUUGACCAUUUGCAUAAAGCAAUUGCAGCAAAAACAAUUUUAUGGAGCCACUGAGGGCUCCUUUCCCCAAUAAAACAUUUAUAUAUACUUUUCAUCAUUUGGCAGAUCUGAUAAGUAAAAGUGGACUACUAAUUUUACAGUUACUGAUUAUUAAAACCACAUAUAAUCAUUAUAAUGAUAAAAUAUUCAAUCAUAAAUGAUUACAGUUAUCAAUACUCAUAGAUAAACAUUAUACUAUAUUUUAUUAAAGUGAUAUACAGAAGAACCUCGGUACUCAAACGGCUCUCGACUCAAACAAUUCGGCACUCGAAUAAUAUAUUUGUGCCCAUAGUCGACAGUGCUCGAAUGGCCUUCUGGAACCAAUUAAGUUUGAGUACCGACGUUCGACAGUACUGUAGUCAUCUUUGAUAGUGGUUUUUAGCUAUUUAUAUUCAUUAGAGAUAAUCACUAUAUAUAAUGCUUAUAAUCAUUAUAUAUAUAUAUAUAUGGGUAAUGGUUGGCUUUAAGUAGGCAUGGAUCUUUAAUUAUAUAAAUUAAUGAUUAUUGAUAAGCAUCAGUAUUAAUUACACAAAGCUUUAUGUACAGUAAUUGACAGAAUCUUUAGUGUUAUUUAAUGGGCUUUGAAUUGCUUGCUUGCUUGAGUGAGUGUGAGUGAAUAUUAUUUCCCAGUACGGUAUUGUGAUAUAUGCUGGCAUAGAAGACGCAGAAUUCCUUCCUCAAUCACACACAACUGAAAUGUAUCUAGUUUAUAAUGGGUUCUAUGGGACCCCCUUGAUGCUUACUUUGUGCAGCGAGAGAGAGCCUAACAUUCUAGGUCCUCACACUUAUUGUACACUGUUUAAUAGUAAUACAGAAUACUGUAUAUACUCUAUUGCAUAAUUUAUCUAAGCAGUUAUUUACUAUUAAUUAAUCAGAUUAUAUAAUUAAUAUGUAUAGUAAUCUGUAGAGCUGCUGCAGCAAACCAAAGUUGCCCAAAUGUUUGAUUUAUAAAUUUAUAUAUAUGACAUUUAAAUAUAGAUGUACUGUA